GCCCGCCAGCCAGCUUGAUGUCGCCUCGCCCUGGCCCUGCGCCCCAUUGCAAGUCCUGAAAGCCAAGCAGAAGCCUGUGUGGCCCUAAUCAUCGCCCCUUCUCCAUUGUUCAGCGCUCACUCGCUCGCUCGCCCGCUCGCCUCACCCUCGUUGCAGUGGUUCUGAAGGCGGCGCGCCUGCUACACACAGCCUGUCGAACAUGGCCGCUGCCCCCGCCAUGCGCCCGCUUAGGCGCGGUGUAGGUAUCGGCGGAGGUCACGGCUGGCUCUCUAUGGCCCCCCCCGUCGAGCACGAACACGAGGCCACACCGGCGCCUUCAUCUCAUCCCGCCGACUCUGCUGCGUCGUCUGCACCAGCAGCAGAUGAUAAUGAUAAUGCUGCAGCGGCCCAUCAAGCGGCGUCCGCCUCCCAUGUCGCACCAAUGGCACUUCCGGCAUCAUGCGGCGACUACAACUGCGACUGCUCCAUGAGCAGCGGCAGUAAGAGGCAUAUGGAUGCAGCACACAGCUUUCCAAAACGCGCCGCGUCAUGUUCCCGCUCCCACUCACCUCCUCAUGCUCACUCGUGCUCCAGAACCUCUAGCAGCUUUGAUAGUGACGACGACGAAGCGGCGCGCAAGCCGUUCGACUUUCGCGCCUCCAUGGUGCCGAUGGCUUUUGGCAAGGUAAAAAACACGGCGGCGGCGGCUGCUGCUGGGCUAGAUCAGCGGAAAAGCAAGCAGCAGUUUCACGAAGUUGCAGCACAACAGCUCGGCCCAUGUGCACUUACAAGCGUAGGCGCAGAAGCAAACGCAAACGCGCCGACUCGGCGUGCCAAGCGGCAUCAAUGCCAGCACCAGCACGAGCGCGCGGCCAGCGCGGCACCUUGCGAGGGGCGGUCGCACGCAGCACAUCGCGAUCAAGAAGUUCUGCUGUGCGCCAUGGGCCAGAGCUCGGGCGGAGCGGGCUCCGUGCACUCGCGCUCGCGCUCCAGCUCCAUGCUGCGCGCGUGCAGCAACAGCAGUAUUACUAGUAGUAGCAGCGUGGCGCAUGUGCAACACCAACACCUUCACCUGCAGCCGCCUCGAGCGAGAGACCACAGCAGUGUGUCUGCCGCGCCGUUCGUGAAGAACCGUACCCGCUCCUCCUCGUCCUCCCCAUCUCCGCGCCCACGCUCGCGCGUCGCGUCCAGCCCAGGCGGGACGCGUCACGUCGUCAACGGCGGCGGGGGGCUGCGACACGGCGGCGUUGAGUGGAGCGGCAAGACGCUGCACGCCGUCGAGCUUGAAAUGGAGCGCCUCGGCCGUGCAGAGUGGAUGACGCACGCGCCUGACCCAGUCUACCUUGCCAGUCGCCUCGAGGCCGUCCGACGGAAUUUGGAGGUCGAGCAGAGGGAGCUCGAAGAGGAGCAGCAGGAGCUGGGGCUUGAUGAGGCGCAGCGCGAGGGCCACAAGAGUCGCAAGUGGCUUCGCAAGCGUUGGCUCAGCUGGAGCGAAGAAGAUGAGGAUGAGGAAGAUGAGAAGGAGGCCAGAGCAAACGAACACAAAGGCGCUGUGCGAGAUCAUCAUGCACCCAAUCAGUCCGUGCAAGAUGCAGAACCUGCUACUGCUUCUGCUGCUACCACUACUGUGGCCGCAGAAGCGCUACCGCUGCAGAAGCAAACAGCCGUUCCACGGGAACUUCAUCAGGCUGUUGGCAUGUCUCCGCCUGCACAAACGAUUGCAUUCUUGCCCGCCAUACACAUCCCCUCGCACCCCGCAUCACCCAACCGGGCCUCUGAUGUGAAUUGCGGCUCGGACUCCUACUCCGACUCGUCAGCCUCAGUCGCCAUCACGCCUCCCAACUACGGCCUCUGUCCGCCGCUGCUCCUGCGGCCGCCGACGCUGCUCGGGACGCCAGCGCUGGUGUCGCUCGCCGCGUCCAGUGCAGUCGCAGGCGCAGACGUUCCGCCGCUGCCGCCCAAGGAGACGUCGUGCGCGCCGCCGCCAACGCAGGUCGAUGCGGUGCUUUCGCUGUUAGACGCGGCACAGAGGCGCGCGGCGCUCGCCGCCGUGUGUGCCGACACGGCGCACGCAUCCGCCGACCUGGAGCGGCUACGCCUCUCGCUCGCGCUCCUUCCGCCGAUCGACCACGCUAGUCAGAUGCAGGCACUCGAGCAGCGCGUCGAUGUACGUAAUAUCAAGCGCACCGACCUCGAGCAAGUGCGCGAUCUCCAUUGCCUGCAUGGCGACGAGCGGCUGCUGGGCAUGGAAGACGGUGACGACAUGAUGGGACGCAACCUCGACACAUACACCACCUCCGCAACCUUCCUCCUGCGCCUGCUCGUCGACGAGAACUACAUCGCCGUCGUCGCCGUCGCCAAACCGCUACCCGAGCCUCCUGCGCUGCCAGCCACGGCCGCAACCACGCGGGAGUGGUCAAUCCCGCAAGCCGACCCUGACUCCCCGCCCGGGCCCAGACUUUCUUCUGAACCCGAUUUCAGGCCCUCUUCUCGUUCGGACAGGCUGCGUAAGCGCGACCGCUCGUGCGAGACCCAGCGUACGGAAUCGUUCACCAACAUCGCUGUUCGUGCCCCGCCGCUAGCUGUGCAGGCCGAUCCGGCCAGCGCUGGCAUCAGCUCCUCUUCUCCUUCUUCAGCAGACCUCGAAUUCGAGCUGGCAGCCAGCAGCGAUGAUUUCGAGAGCGUAGCGCCAAACAGCCUCUUCUCCAGCCCAGCUCACUUACUGGGAAGCAAAAGUGGUAGCGGCCGCGACGAUGGCGACGUCGUGAUGCACCAUGCGGCGGCAUUCACCGACCUGACGGGCGCUACGUCUGUCCACCCAGGAAAUUCGCCUGCUCUGCUGCCCGCCAAGGCCGAGUUAGCUGUUGCCGCCACUGGCGCGACCCAAGGAGGGCAUGGUGAAGGAGAGAUACUGGCAGGAAGCAAGACACAUAUUCUUGCCAUCCCGCAGCUGGAGCUCACCGGCCCCGAGUUCAUCGCACCACCGCCCGCGAAGCGCGUCAUGGCUGUCGCGCCACCCCGCGGACGCCUCCUCGACAGCGAGACCAUUCUCGGCGUUGCGUCGGCCAUUAUCACGUACAAGCACCACACGCCCGAGUCUCUGUGGCCUCAAGACGCCAAGGGGAUCAACAUCUGCGGACCCAGAUACCUGGACCGGAGCGAGUGCAGCACCGUCCACCUUCUUACGCUCUCCAUCCUGCCGGCUGAGCGCAGCCAGGGCUUAGGCGGGAAGCUGCUGGAUGAGCUGCUGGAACGAGCCAAGGUGCGCGUCUGCGCGCAGCACCUCGCUGCGCAGCGCCAGAAGAAACAGUCAGCGCAGGGUUCAGCGCAGUACAAUUUGACCGCCGCGGACGAAAUGAAGCCGCAACAGCAGCAGCCUAAGACACGUGUCUACCUCGAGGUGCACCCGUCCAACUCGAGAGCGAUAGAGCUCUAUUUGCGUAAAGGCUUUCAGCAGGCCGCGGGCAGCUCAGGCACCAAGCGGGGGUUCUACCGUGGUGAUGAGAGGAUUCUGCCGCGCAUCCGUCUCUCCGUCGGAGGUACGGAUGCGUUGGUCUACGAGAAGUGGUUGUAAUGUCUAUGAGCUUCCCACGAACAACCUUGAAACAGCUUUGCGCGUUUUGUGCCGUGA